UCAUUUCCGAGUCGCAAAAUUUUCAUGGUGUACAGCGCCAGCAGGUGUCAGUUAUAAGCUAGGGUUUUUGAGGUCCCAAGUUCCAUGAAAAACCCUAAAUUUGAUCCGAACUAGAAGCCUUCUGUGUAUCUUCCAGUCGUAUGGAAGCCCUAAUCAGCCAACUUAUCUUUCCAGUAACGUGAGAUUACUCCAAUUGCUGUCAACACAACUUUCCAAAUGUUACCAUCCCCUCGAAGCACCAUGGAGUCACUUGACUCAACUAGGGCCAAGCUAAGGGAAUCACUUGCUACAGCUCUGGCCAUGGUUCCUCUUCAGCAAAAGAAACCAACAGAUAUGAACUACAGUCUUCAUAGUGAGGCAGCCAAUGCCCCAUUAUCAGCAAAUAUGGACCACAGACUUAAUGAACCAAAGCCUCCUGAAAUGGCCAUACUUCCUCAGGACCAAAAGGAACCAACAGAUGUGGACAAUAAUGUUCAUAUUGAGGCUACCACUGCACCAUCAUUAAUAAAUGUGGAACCCCAACUUACUGAACCACAAUCCAUGGAUGCGACCGUGAUUCCUCAACAGCAAAAGGAACCGAUAGACUUGGACAAGAUUCUUCAUACUCAGGGUGCCAGUGCUCCUAUGCUAAUAAAUGUGGAUUCUCAUAAUGCUGAACCACAAACUACUGUAUUGAAUCAUCGUUUUGAUGAUUCCUAUAAGCUUUCUGAACAUCUGGCCAGCAAUAAAAUUGUCUCUGAUAAUGACAUGGACAAAAGUUUAAAUUUCACGUAUGACAAUAUAAUCAAUCGAAUUGGAGGUGAUAUGUUGAAACCCACCAUUACUCAUCUGGAAGAAUUUACCCCAAAACAUGCUUCUCAAGAAGGUUCCAUAAUCAGUAUGAUAAAUGAUGAGAACUUGGAAGCAUUUGGUCACAAUGUUGAGUCUGUUGUAGAGAUAGAGAGGGCUGAAGAGAAUAGUGGUCCUGCUUGCAAAAAACCUAGACUGGACCGCACAGAAACUACUAGUACUAGGAAUGGUAGGGAGCCACACCUUGAACCAGCACACGUCCUUGCCAUUAAAAUUGAGGAGGAGCUUUUUAAAUUAUUUGGUGGUGUUAAUAAGAAGUAUAAAGAGAAAGGGAGGUCUCUUUUGUUCAAUUUAAAAGAUCGUAAUAAUCCAGAAUUGAGAGAGCGUGUGACGUCUGGUGAAAUUGCCCCUGAACGGCUGUGCUCCAUGUCGGCAGAGGAGCUUGCUUCAGAGGAGCUUUCUCAAUGGAGAAUAGCCAAAGCAGAAGAGCUUGCUCACAUGGUGGUUUUGCAGGAUUCAGAUGUUGAUAUAAGACGACUGGUGAAAAAAAAUCAUAAAGGAGAAUUCCAAGUGGAAAUGGAACGAGAUGACUCUGUUUCAGUGGAGGUUGGUCUUGGGGAAAGUUUGAUUUCCGAUAGGUCAACAUCUAAAGCCAAAGAAACUGAAGGGGAUGGUGAAAAUGAAACCGAGAGAGCUGAACCAAAAACUUCAACCGAUUCAAAGAAUAAGGAACUUGUUGAAGAGUUUAAUGGGAAGGAAACAGUGGACCAAGAAUCUCUGCCUGCUAUUGUUUCUCUUGAUGAAUAUAUGGGUUCAGUUGAUUCUAAGGAAACUGUAGAUGUGCCAACAAUUUUGGAAAAGAAACCACCUGCUUCAGGUGCAGAGAAGAUCACUUACAACCUUGGUACUCAAGAUGCAGAUACUGGUUCCGAGAAAACCCAAAACAUAAAUGUGUCCUAUAAAAGGACUGAUAGCCUUUUGAAAAUUCGUGAUGUUCAUCAUAAGUCUGAUAUUGCAGCUAAGAGAGUGCAGGUUUGGGAGGGCCUACUUCAGUUGAAUAUAUCUGCUACAAUCACUGCCAAUGCCUAUUUCAAGAGUGGCGAGAAAACAUCAGCAGAAGAUUGGCCUAGCUUCCUCGAGAUUAAGGGAAGAGUGAGAGUGGAUGCAUUUGAGAAAUUCCUUCAAGAGCUUCGUCUUUCUCGAAGCCGUGCUAUCAUGGUUGUGCUUUUCUGUUGGAAGGAGGGUUCCUCUGAUAGUGGCGUGUCAGAUCUACGUGAGGUGGUGGAGUCAUAUAUUGCGGAUGAGAGGGUGGGCUUUGCAGAGCCAGCUCCGGGUGUUGAGCUCUACUUCUGCCCACCUCACGCUCGUACACUUGAGAUGUUAGGUCGGCAAGUGCCCAAAGACUACAUUGAGCCACUGAGUAAUAGCACAAAUGAAGGCCUUAUUGGCAUUGUUAUUUGGAGAAAGAGUCUUGUAACUACAACCAUAUCACCAAAGCACUCACACAAGCACGGCAACUUGUUAAAGAAGCAUGAUGUCUCUAAAAGGCCUGAUAAAGAUAACACCAGCACUAAAUCACACCUUUCACAACAACACGUUACAAGUAUUACUAUUAACUACAUAAACCCUAGCCAUCAACUGCCUGAUGAACCCAUCGAUGACAUACCCCCAGGCUUUGGCCCCCCUCGAGGCCUACCACGAAACGAGGACGACCUGCCUGAAUUUAAUUUUGUUGGAGGCCCCAAAACGGUGGGAUCACAAUUCCCAACUCCUAACUCCAAUCAUGGAAGUUCGAAAAUGGACCAUAUGCAUAAGCCUAUGCAACCAAUUUCUCCUAGGGUGUCGAAUUCUCAAACUCAACCAUUUGCAAGUGAGCACGUGCGUGAGUUGAUACACAAGUAUGGGCAAACCAAGGGUCCCACCUCAAGCCCUAGCCUUCCGCCUAAUAUAAAGAUCCAGGCUUGGAAUGAUGAGGAUGACAUACCCGAAUGGAAGCCACCAAGUGGGGUGGUGGUCGAUAGCCGGCCUUUAGUGACACCUCCAAAUUUAGCAGUGCCUCCACCCCAAAUUGGAAUACAUUCAAUACCCCAUCCGCCGCCACAAAUGUCUGUGCUUCGACCCCACUUUGUGCAACAAAUGCCACAACACUUCCCGCCACAGUUGGUGGUGCAUCCGCCGCAAUUGGGGCAAGUGCCCUUGCAACCACCUUUGCAGCCUCAUUGGCAAGUGAGCCAAGGGGUGGAUCCUGCAGGUGUAGGAUUUCGUGGGCCACAUGAAAUGAGAAUCCCUGAUAAAACAAUGAUGCAACAACAAAUGCAUUUUGGUGGGUCGCCCCAUGGCCAACAGGCAAGGGACUGGAGGCUCAAUGUUUCAAGAAGCCAAGGGGCUUAAACAGUUCCAUGUGUGACUUUUCUGAUCAAGAGCUAUAAUGGGGAUAAAAGGGUAAGCAACAUGGAUGGUGCUAUUUCCUUGGUUUGAAGAUUUUAGGAGAUUUUGUAGUGUAACAUGGUCUUUUGCAAUCUCUCUGGUUAUAAUGGAGUUGCUUCCCCCUUACUUAAACAUUAGUUUAAUUUCUAGUUGCUUUGUUUUAGAAUUCAUUGUAACGUUGGAGCUUGUUUAUGUAAAGCAAAUAAUAUUAACCUCAAGUAACAUCAUACUCUCUCGUUGAACGUA